GACCGGCGCCGACACACACACGCAAGGACAGCUUAGCACGACACUGCCACUCCACCGCAUUCACCUCCUCUCUCUCUCUCUCUUUCCCUCCCCCAAACAUCUCACCCACCUCCCCUCCCGCAGCCUCACUCCAAAUCUCGCUCCCAGAUCCAUCCAGCCAUGCCGUCCUCCGACCAGGACGACGACCACCCCCACGACGAAGACUCCCCCCUCUUCCGCGACUCCGACUCCUCCCGCCGCCGCUCCGGCCCCUCCUCCUCCGCGGUCGGCGAGGUGCCCGUCUCGCAGUCCAUCAUCAAGGCGGCCAGCAACGUCUGCUUCUCCUUCUUCGUGCUCGCCGUCCUCGUCGUCACCGUCGUCGCCGUCACCUACCAGCCGCCCGACCCCUGGCUGCAGUCCUCCGCCGCCAUCACCACCUCCCUCUCGCGCGUCCUCCCCAACUCCACCUUCCUCCACCCCGACGACUCGCUCCUCCCCACCGGCGAGGACUUCCCCUCCACCUCCCCCUCCGCCUCCCCCUCCGCCGCCGCCGCCGCCCAGCGCGACACCGCCGACGACCAACCCACCUCAACCACCCCCGCCACCACCUGCGACCCGGACGCGCCGCUCAACUGCUCCGACCCGCGAGUCCUCGCCGCCGUCAGGGCCUUCAACGCCAAGGCAUUCUUCCGCAAGUCCAUCGUCUUCCUCAGCUACGAGGCGCCCGUCCCAGGCCCCACCCCCACCCAAUGCGACGUCGCCUGGCGCUUCCGCAACCGCCGCGAGAAGUCCUGGCGCCGGUACCGGGACUACCGCCGCUUCGACCUCGCCCCAGGCGAAGGCUGCGCGCUCGACAUCACGAGCGUCGGCAAGUUCCGCUCGGGCAAGAACGCCGCCCGCCCGCCAACGCGCCGCAACAAGAAACCGCGUCUCGCGGCAGCCCCACCGGCGGUGGACGCGGAGAUCAACGACACCAUCCCCAUCGUCGGGUCCGCGGCGGAGUUCCGCAAGGGGAAGUACCUCUACUACAUGCGAGGCGGGGACCACUGCAAGAGCAUGAACCAGUUCAUCUGGAGCUUCCUCUGCGGCCUCGGCGAGGCCAACUACCUGAACCGGACCUUCGUCAUGGACCUCACCAUGUGCCUCUCCGGGGCGCACACCGAGGACGGCAAGGACGUCAACGGCAAGGAUUUCAGGUUCUACUUCGAUUUCGAGCACCUCAAGGAGUCGGUGCCGCUGGUGGAGGAAGGGGACUUCCUCAAGGACUGGCACCGCUGGGACAAGAAGAAGAAGGGGCCGGGCCGGAUGACCGUGCGCAAGGUGCCCACCUACAAAGUCACCCCGAUGCAGCUCAAGAAGGACAGGAGCAGCAUCAUCUGGAGGCAGUUCGAGGGGAAGGAGCCCGAGAACUACUGGUACAGGGUCUGCGAGGGCCGGGCUGCCAAGGUCAUCCAGAGGCCCUGGUACGCCAUUUGGAAGUCCAAGAGGCUGAUGAACAUCGUGACCGAGAUCGCCGGCAGGAUGGACUGGGAUUACGAUGGCUUGCAUGUUGUCCGGGGAUGGAAGGCGCAGAACAAGAAGAUGUAUCCCAACUUGGAUGCCGACACGUCGCCUGAUGCGAUCGUAGGCAAGGUCACCAAGCUUAUCAAGGAGUGGCGGAACCUCUACAUUGCGACCAACGAGCCCUUCUAUUACUACUUCGAUAAGCUCAGGUCGCACUACCAUGUGCACCUGCUUGAUGAUUACAAGGAGCUUUGGUCGAAUACGAGUGAAUGGUACAACGAGACGACCACGAUCACUGGUGGGAAGCCGGUGCCGUUUGAUGCGUACAUGAAGGUCAUUGUCGACACCGAGGUGUUCUAUAGGUCGAAGGCAAAGGUGGAAACAUUCAACAACCUGACCAGGGAUUGCAAAGAUGGAAUCAACACGUGCAACUUGUGACAUACAAGUUUCCCAUGGCAUGGUAACUUUUGGUGUCCAUAUACUCUGCCACUGGCCGGCGCAUUGGAAUUCAUGGGAACUCCAUCCUGGGUUUGUCAUUAGGCAUGCCAUCUUGAUACUACUUGUCAUGGCAUGCUCAAUUGGUUACACACGUUCUUCUAAAUUAUGUGCCUUCCAUAUAAUUUAUUGUGCCCAAGCCUCAAUGAUCCAAAUAGUUACUUCUUAGUGGCCCUUUUGCGGUACCUCUACUUAGUAGCCCUUUUCUGUAAUUUACUGUGCUCAAACCUCAAAGAUCCAAAUAGUUACUUCUUAGUAGGCCUUUUGCAGUAUCUCUACUUCUUAGUGGCCCAUUUCUGUAAUUUGCUGUUCUCAAUCCUCGAAGAUCCAAAUAGUUACUUCUUAGUAGCCCUUUUGCAGUAUCUCUACUUCUUAGUGGCCCUUUUCUGUAAUUUACUGUUCUUAAUCCUCGAAGAUCCAAAUAGUUACUUCUUAGUUGCCCUUUUGCAGUAUCUCUACUUCUUAGUGGCCCUUUUCUGUAAUUUACUGUGCUCAAGCCUCAGUGAUCCAAAUAGUUACUUCUUAGUACGCCUUUUGCAGUACCUCUACUUAGUGGCCCUUUUGCAGUACCCCUGAUCUUUUAAGUCUUCAUGAGUUAGCUUGAGGACUUCUCUCCAUUUCUUGUCUGUUCACAUAUGUGUGUUGCUAAAUGUUCUUGAGUUAGAAACGAACUUUCAGUAAACUUUCA